AUGACCGGUAGCAAUGAUGAAUCAACAACUUUGUCCACAAAAAGUGAGUUUUAUGCACACCAAGUGUGACUACCUACUAGUAGUUCCCUCUGCUCGAAGGUAAAGUUGCGAGCUGCUGCUAACAUGCAUGGUCACCCGCUGCCAACAGCUGCUUCAACUGGCAAUGCGGCGGGACAGAUCAGACUCGAGGAUGGGGAUGAUGGAGAGGAAGUGGGGAUGUGUGGGGUUUCGCUGUGGUUUUUCAUUAGUCUUUUAAUCACGUGCACGUAUCAGGCCGCGCUGCACAGCGACGCCGACGGGUGUCCUCUUCUUUGUUUUCUCAUGGUUUGGGUAG